AUGGGGAGAAUUGUUUCCGGGUCAGAAUUGUUAAAGGCCACCGUAUAUCGUAAUCUCUUUAAUAAACUUACCAAUCGAGCUAAUAGCAGCAAUCAAGUUAGUUUUAAUGAACGCGAUAGAGCAGCUGCUAAUGCGGCUGCUCUAAAUCAAAAUAAUGAUAACGAUGAAUCUGCUCUGCUUAGUGGUGGACCCGCAUUCUAG